AUGGCGAGUGAGAGAAAACCACGGCUCUGUGUGAUGACAAAAGGGGAGCAAGGAUAUGGCUUUCACUUGCACGGUGAGAAAGGCAAAACUGGACAGUUUAUCCGCAAAGUGGAGCCCGGCUCGGCUGCAGAGGCGGCGGGUUUACGCGCGGGGGACCGUGUGGUUGCGGUGAACGGUGUGAACGUGGAGAGAGAGACGCACGGCCAGGUAGUACAGAGGAUCAAGGCCGUGGACAAUGAGACGAGGUUACUGGUUGUGGACCAGGAGACGCACGAAUAUUUGCGCAACCUACGCCUGACAGCCACAGAGGAGAUGGCAGUCCCCGGGGAGGAGCCGCCUCCCCCGUUCUCACCCCCCGAUCCUCCCAGUCCUGCCCCAACUUCACUCCCAUCCUCCCCUGGCAAGACCAAGCAUGAAGAUGGGAGGAACGGUUCUGCGAUGCUGCAGUCCAUGCUGCAGAGGAGUAAGAGUUAUCAGGUGCCCAAGAACACCAAGAGGUUACCAUCUUUAGCUGCCAAGAAGGAGGUUUCCAUCCGUGCUGUAGUCCCCACUCAGGCACAGUCACGGCUCCAUGGUGACCCAUCGGAGCUCGCACCACGUCUGUGCCACUUGGUGCGGUCGGAGACGGGCUACGGCUUCAACCUUCACAGUCAUCGGUCCAGGCCGGGCCAGUACAUCCGCUCGUUGGACACGGGUUCACCUGCAGACCAAGCCGGGCUUCGACCUCAGGAUCGAAUCAUUGAGGUAAAUGGCGUGAACAUCGAAGGCAUGCGGCACUCCGAAGUGGUGGCCUUCAUUAAAAAAGGAGGCAAUGAGACCUGGCUGCUGGUUGUGGAUCCGGAUGCUGAUGAGUACUUCAAGAUGAAAGGCAUCAUCCCCACCGCUAGACAUGUGAAAGAUUACGACGGUCCCUCCAUCUCCAACGGCUCCCACAGUCCUCUGAUGAAUGGCAGCUCCACCUCACAUUCCAUCCGGUCAAUGACCUCAGACCACAGUAACGGCACACAGCCGGCGAGCGACGAGCGAGGUCGAUUCUCGGACCCGUUCGCCGAGAUAGGUCUGAGUGCCACGGCGGCCGAGGAAAAGCGGAAGCUCCACGCCAAAGAGAAGAGGCGGGCACCGCAGAUGGACUGGAUGAAAAAAUAUGAACUAUUCAGCAACUUUUGA